AUGACUUUUAAACCUGUUACUCAUGUGUUAUUUGAUAUGGAUGGGUUGAUAUUAAACACUGAAGAUCUUUACACAAUGGGUUUUCAAGAAAUUGCUUCGCGGUAUGGAAAACUUUUUACGUUUGAACUAAAAUGCCAAAUAAUGGGUCAACAAAGUAAAGAAUUAGCAAAAUCAAUAAUCGAGGCGCUGGAAUUACCCAUGUCCGUAGAUGAAUUUCUAGUUGAGACGCGAAAAAUUUUUAACGAUUUAUUUCCACUAUGUUCAGUAUUGCCAGGAGUCGAGAGAUUAAUUAGGCACUUAAGCAAAUGUAAUAUUCCAUUAGGUUUGGCUACAAGUAGUAGUCAUGAAACAUAUGAAUUGAAAACUAAGAACCACAAAGAUCUGUUUGAUUUAUUUACUUAUAAAACAUUGGGAUCUUCAGACCCGGAUGUGAAAAGAGGAAAACCACAUCCAGAUAUAUUUUACACGGCUGCUGCUAAGUUUCUCGAGAAACCUAAACCUCAACAAUGUCUGGUCUUUGAAGAUUCAUUAAAUGGGGUACAGGCUGCUACUGCAGCUGGCAUGCAAGUUGUAUUAAUACCAGAUUCUCGCCUAGACUAUUCAUUGGCUUCUGACGCUACACUGAUCAUUGAAUCAAUGGAGCAUUUUAAACCAGAAUUGUUUGGUCUCCCACCAAUACAAGAGUAG